AUGGACAUACUGAGCAGGAUCUUCGACAUUGCGACUGAGGAAGGACACUUGACGCCACUAAAGGUCCGGCAAGCAAGCCUCCGACUAUCUCUAUAUGCUGACAAUGCUGUGAGACUCACCAACCCUGUCAAAACAGCCAUCAAUUGCAUCAUGGAAAUCAUGAAGGCCUUUGGGGAUGCCACUGGACUGAGGAUAAAUAUGGCCAAAAGCUCAGUUGCCACUAUCAGAUGCGCAGGACAGAGCAAAAGGAAAACUAGAAGGGUGGCAAGGACGGCUUGUCAGCGUGGAAGGACGGUGAGAAUUGGUAAGGUAGCUUCCUUGAUACCAGCAAACUGGAACAACAGUUCCACUAUGGGCGACUGGUUCACUGAUAUGGUAGCUGCUGCUGAUCCAUCAAUAUUGAGACCGGGGUUGCAGUCGAUGGUCACUCUAACGAUAUGGGAAAUCUGGCGCGAGAGGAACAACCUCGUCUUCAGGAAGGAAACUAGGACUGUCUGGCAAAUUAUGUACAGCAUUCAAGAUGAAGCGCGGACUUGGAGAUUCGCUGGGAAUAGGGAUAUAGACAUGCUGCUGCCGGCUUCGGCCGCGGCCUAG